AUGUGUCACAACCUACUCAAGACAAAUGCUUUGACAGGAAGGGAGGAGAGAGAUGAUGAUCAAGCAGCUGCAACUGCAGGCAAUGGUCAGGAGGAGGGUUGGCUUAUGCAGGUGGUCAGGAUACUACAGUUAGCAAACCUGGUGCUGACAGCAGAGGAGGCAAUUGUACGGGCGAUGGGUCUUGUCAGCAUUAGCAAUCAAGCUCCAAGAGGGGAGGCAGAGAAGAUUCCCAAGGACAUCUCGAGUGCCAUUGCACACAUUAAGAAACUUAGUGAUAACAACUGGCACACCUGGGAGCCCACCUUUAUCGACUGUCUGCAAUGGGUGCACAAUGCAAAGGAAAUCUUAUAUGGUGAAAUAGCACCUGGAAGCGAGGGAUAUGAUGAGGACCUGGACAAGGUGCUGGUAGGUCUUAUCCAUGCUUGCUGUGAUCACAGCCUGGAAAGCUGCAUCGACACAUACACCAUCAGGGGUGCAGAUGAGGAGGCCCAACUUGGAAGUACACUUUACACUAAGCUUAGGAAGGCACUAACAUUGAAUGACAUGGUGAAGCUAGGCAAGGAACUUGACUCCAUUUGGAACGAUGCUGCACAUCUUGGGAAGCGCCUUGAUGAGGACCUAAAGAAAUCCACGCUCUACUGUUGCACAGCACAAGAUUGGUUCUAUGCCAACUCUGUUGAUGCACUCAAGAUGGCCAAACCAGACUUGAUCGAAAGCGGGGAGCAAUCAGCAUACAACACCUGGAUUGUUGAUUCAGGUGCAACUCAUCAUAUGGUAAAUGAUGAGAGAAUGCUGCUCACCUCAACAAGCAAGGACGGUCAGAUCAGUACAGCAGGGGAUGAAAAGUGUCAUGGGCCUGGAUGCUCAAGAAGCAGGAGGGUCACGGGUUCAUAUGGAAGGAGCACAGGUAUCGAAGAUCUAGUCGAUACCAGUAGAGAGCAUGGUCGUAGUGCAGUCUCCAUGGAGACCAUGGACUCCUAUGGACUCACAUGCAAAGGAGAACCGAGCCACAUGCAAGGAGGGCCAGGCACAGCCACAAGGAGGACCAAGCUCAAGGAGCAGGCACAGCCACAAAGAGGACCAAGCUCAGAUGGUUACCACUCAGGGGCUUGA